AUGAAUGAAUUUAACGAUUUCAAAUAAUUGCGUUAAAAUUACUCAAAUGCUUUGGAGAAAAAUAUUCAAAAACUUCAAGGCAGACUAAAGGCUCUGAAUAAUAAUAUCAUAAACUCUACAUCAGCUUAAAAAAUAACAAUGACGAAGAAUCCAACAGAAGUGAAAUCAUUAAGAUCAUCUUGCUUAUUUACGGACAAUAAUUUGGCAUCACCAACCGACAGAUUUGAGAAUAGUCAAGUUUUUGCUAAUUUUAAUCGAUACAAUAGUCUGGAUGUCCCUUAAGCGAGUCAAGGGGUUUAGUAAGGCAAGCAAUCACCAGAUGUUUUUGAAAAUAUUUUUUUGAAAUAAUCGUAUAUCCCUUACGAAUAGAAAUAAAUAAAAUAGGCAAAUAAAACAAAGCAAAAAAACACACAGAGUAAUACUUUGAAGAUAACAAAAAAAGCAGAAAAAAAUCAUUAUCUGAGCAAUUAGAUGAAUAGUUAAUCAUUGUAGAAUAUUAAGAAAAAAGAUGAUAUUUCGUAAGAUAAAACCCUCAAAAAGAAUCCAGAGAAAAAGAAAGCACUAAUUGUCCCUGCUGCUUAACAAAAGACAAAAAAUACAUCGCGUUCCCCAUAGAAACAAAGAGUAAAACAGAAUAAGCAACAAACUCCAUAAUAAAAUCUACAGAAACCAUUGCUUAAUGAAAUUUUGAAAAAGUUUGUUUCGUCUAAAACUAGUUUAAGCAGAACAGUAUCUAAAUCCAAGUCUAAAUCUAAGUCAAAAUCGAAAUCUCCUGAAAAAGAAUCUACUUCUUUUAAAAAGAAACACAAAUCUAGAUCCAGAGAGCAAGCCAUUCAUCAUUAUAAUGAACAAAUCACAUCUUAAUUUAGUCCAACACAAGAGAAAUUUUAGAUGAGAAACAUCGAGUACUCUCCCAGUCUUCUUCGGUAGGUGAGAACAUUGAGUAAAAAGAAGGGAAGGAGCAAGCAGAAACAAUAGUAAUAACAAUAGCAAUAACAAUAAUAAUAAAUAACUAAUCCUAGUCCUAAUAAGGUGUCAGAGAUACACACUCUAAGGUUGAAGCAUUUAUUGAGAGACAAAUCAAACAAGCAGGACAAAAAGAUAAGAGCUUAAAUACGGACUACAGAAUCACCUAUUCAAAUUAAGAAUUACAAAUUAGAUGUAUUAAAAUAGUGUUUAUGUUAAGGUUCCUUAAAUUAAAAGUCUUGAAGAUCAGCCAAAGGAUGACUCGAAGCCAAGUUCUGUAAGACUCAAUACUUUGUCAAUUUAAAGAUCUGACGAGAAGGAUAACAGUGUGUUGAUGAAUAUCUUUCAGGAAUUGAAGAAUUUAUCCGAGGAUCAGAUUCAAUAAUUUUAACAAAUAUUAAAGCAGAUUAGAGUUGAAAGAAAGGAUGAGGAAUUGUAAACUUCAAUUUCUGAUUUGAAUUAAGCUGUGGACAAUUAAAAAGCAAACAAUUAAUCAAAUUAAAAGAAUAAUAUUAUAGAAACUCAUUUGAAGAUGGCAUUUGAGGAGUUCCCUAAGAAAUCACAUGCAUCAUCUCCAAUGUCGAAUAGCAGUUUCAUUUUUAAGAAGGAGUUCUUGACUAAUUCUUAAAUAGAGGAGAUAUGUCAACAAAGGGAGAAGGUAUUUAAUAAUCAUAUCAACUAGAGCAUAAAAUUAAGAGUCAAUAGUUAGAUGUAGGCAUUUUAGACGUUGUUGCAGUAAUAGAAAAUAUCUCCCAGAUCGUUUCAUCACAAUAAACAAUUGGUGUAAUCUUGGUUCUCAAAGUAAGCCGAUUAAUUGUAGAAAUUCAAAUCGGAAUUGCAGAAGGUGUAAAAGUAAUCAAAUACUUUGUUGAAGAAGACUGAACAGGAUGUGAUUAUUGUGAAGGACUUGAAAAAAGACUAGAUGCUUGUGUUGUCUUAGUUAUGUAUGUAUUGGCACUUUAAUAGUUAGAAUAAAUUUCAUUUGAUUAAUCUGAAAUUAAGGACGAGAGUUUCUUGGAUCAAUCGGAUCUUUAAUUCAGUAUUCCGAAUUCCCCCAAAAUAGUAACUCCAAAUACUAAAUUUUUGAAUUAAAUUUAAGAUAAAAAUGAAAUGAAAUUAGCUUAAUAAUAACCACUAUUAUAAUAGAAGUAGAAUUAAUUUUCAAAACCAUUUUAGUAAGAAACAAAAAAAAAGGAUUUUGAAAUUUCAACAUUCAAUGAAGAACUCUUUUUUGGAAAUUAAAUUGCAAGACCUUUGUAGGUAUCACCCAAUAAUGAAUCCAAAUAAGUAAUAACAGAUUAUCGAGAACCGUAGGUGCAAAUCUAUGGUUUGAAUUAAGCUUUGAGAGUGGAGGAGGAGACAGAAAAGAUCCUAGAGCAAUUAGUAGAUGAAGCAUCGAACAGUUUGAAUAAAAUAGAAUUGAUUCAAUAAUAUGCUUAUCAAACCAAUGCAGGAAUCCUUACAAACUUGGGAGUCAUAAACAACUUCAUAAAUUUGAUGUGCUUUGCUAUAUUAGGUACUCAAUUGAAAUCUAAUGAUUUAGAAAACAAUCAGGAGGAAUUUCUGAAGAGAAUGAACACUCCCUAUGGCAGAAAACCCAUAAGUAGAUUGAGAUAAUUACAUGGUUAGGACGAUUUCGAAGAUCAUCAUGAAGUUUAACCACUUUACUAAAUAAGUUAUAAAAGAAAUCUAUCAUAGAACAAGUUAUGGAAACUCAAAAUUAGUAUGAAAAAAUUCACAACUAGGCCAUAUUUGAUGCUUUCAAUGAAGCCUUGAAUACUCUGAGACCCUUCUACCAAGACGAAGGAAUUCCCUACCCUUGGUGCAUCGAAACCAAUAUUUCUCAAAGAAUCUGUUAUGGAAUUGAGGACAUAACGAUUAUUUUAGAGAGAGCUAGAUAGAAGGUGUUUGACUGGUCAAAGACUUUGUGUGGUAUUGAAUGAGCAUUUAAGAAUGAUUAGGAUUGUUAUCUGACGAGAUUCCUGUGAUAUCGGUUAGACAAUUGAAUUAUGAGUAACUCAUAAUUAUGUAGGAAUGCCAAGGUAAUGAUUCAUUGGCUUACAUCAAUGAGGAGAGGAUACAGAGUUGUCUCUAGAUAGAAGUAUGAUGUAUUAAGAGAUGUGAUUAGUUGUAAGAGGGUGAAAGAAAGUGGUCACAGAUUACAUAGGAGUACUCUGAAGUUUUGAUGGAGAUAGCAGAUUACCUAUUUGAAGAGUUGACUGAAGAAAUGGUCGUUGAGGUUUUUAUGAAAUGA